UUGCUAUUGUUUUCUUUCUCUUGAUACUUUUAUUUUUUUUUGUUUAAUAUCAAGUUGUUAUUACCAACAAUGCUGAGGGUGAAGGAAGCCGAAACUGCAGAAUUUAAGAAAAUUAAACACAGAGAAGUUGAAAGAGUUAGACAUGCUAAACUUCAGAAACUAAUCAAAAAUUUGGCGAACAUUGUUCCUGAUGAUAGUCCCUCUCAAAAUACUCAGUGCGCUAUUUUGAGAAAAUCAUUAGAAUAUAUUGAAUUUCUUGCGAGUGAAUAUGAAAGAAUUGCUGAAAACAUUGGAGAUAAAUCUUAUUCCAGUUCACAAGAAACUGUGACAUCUUCUCAGAAACAUUUUGUUAACGUGGAAAAUUACCAAGUGAUCCAAAGAAUUAUAUGUGAUGUUAAUUCGGCAUAUGAUGUAGAGAAAUUUACACCUUUUCCUUCAUCUUCGCUCUCUCACGAUCCAGAGUAUUUCGAAUAUAAUCCAUCAUUUACAUACGAAUGGAAAGAUCAAUCACUCUUUCCUUCCCCACCAUCAUCACCACCUUCUCUCUUACAAGAACCACCAGCCUCUCAAUUAUUUGAUCAAUUUUCACUACCAUCACCUUGGAAUCAAAAGCUUGAAAAUGGAAUUAACGUAGAUCAACCUCAUUGUCAAUCUUGCAGUUGUUUUUCAAACAAACACAACUUUCCUCGUGAUCACUUUCUUAACGAAACUAUUCAAGAUCCAUACAUCAUGAACAACGAGCCCAACAUAACCCAAUGGACAUACUCUAUUGAUUUUCAAUGAUUUGCUGUAAUG